AUGGAUUCACAACAAGAUGGUUACUUUAUCAAUCUUUUACAAGAAAGGCCCAACAUUGAUGAACAUUAUUUGAUGGAAUCUCAAUAUUUGAAUCAAAAUACUCAAGUAUUUGCCCAAGAGUCUCAAUUUACUGCUGAAAUUGAAUCUUUGUCGAAGAAACCUCAACGUGGAGGAAACUUCACAAUAGAAGAAGACAAACUCCUUGUAUCGGCUUGGCUUAAUAUUAGUUUAGAUGCGGUACAUGGGAAUGAGCAAAAACGCUCUACCUAUUGGAAAAGAGUAUGGGAUUUUUUCCAUGAGCACAAGAAAUUUGAGUCUAAUCGAAAUGAAAAUUCUUUUAUGAAUCGAUGGUCAACCAUUCAGCUUGACAUGAAUAAGUUUUGUGGGUGCUGUGCCCAAAUUGAAUCAUUGCAUCAAAGUGGCAUAAAUGAGGAUGACAAUGUAUUGAAUAUUAUUUGCAAGGCGAAAAUUAUGUACAAGGAACUCAAGAAAUCUACAUUCCAAUUCGAACACCGUUGGAUUAUGUUAAGGGAUCAACUAAAAUGGGUGGUAGAGUCUGAGAAGAAAAAACAACCAAAAAGACCAAGAAUAGGAACAACCUUUUCUCCUUUUACUCCGGAUUCGAUAAAUUUAGGGGAAGACGAUGUCUUACCUAAUGCUUUUGUAGACUUGGAGAGACCAACCGGUAAGAAGGCUGAAUGGAGCGAUUGA